AUGGCCACAGGACUGACCAAAGAGAUCCGUCCUGCUCAGGAUGUGAUUGGUCAGGACUCUGAUGAUGUUGACUUCUGCUGUAAACGGCUUGUUGCUGCAGCCACAACUCAGCUCUUCUCUUACAUGGUUCACAAAGAGUUGCAUUACAGCUAUAUAUGCACUGGAGAAACCUUCAUCUUUGUUUAUAUCCCAGAUGAUCCAUCUUCAGUUCAGUGUGCGCUUUGCAGACCAGACCUGGGCGUCAAGGUGACUAGCAAGGUUGAGCUACAGUUGACAGCUGUCGUGCAGGUUCUGGUGUUCACAAUCAGAGCAUUGACCUCACCAGCAGUACCCCGGGAGUGGCAUGAUGCUGCUGUGAGGCUUGAUGUUUGGCCAGUGGAGUAUUCUGAAAUACUGGAGCAGACUCCAUCCGCUGCUCACCCAAAACAUGCGCCCCCUGGUACCGUGGCAGACAACCCUGCAGGGAGCUGUGGGGCACUGUUCAAGGUGAGGCUCUCAUCACAUGGAUACACUGUGGUCGCCAAGGGUGUGAAAUACAAGCAUCUGUAUAAGCUCGAACAUGAAAAGCAGAUCUAUGAUGAGCUCCGAGAUCUCCAAGGUGAAUGUAUUCCAGUCUGUCUUGGCAUCGUCCAGCUGGCGUUAAAGCAUCCCUAUUACUACAAUGGCAGAAUCUACACUCACAUGUUAUUUUUGAGCUGGGUGGAAGAAGCAAUUCAAAAAGUCAGGACACUCAGCCAUACUGCAGAUGCAUCCUCCAUGGUAUAUCAUGCCCUCCAAGCCAUUCACUUUAAAGGAGUUCUCCAUGGUGACAUGGAGCUGUGA